AUGGAAGACCUUGACCUAAGCCAAGAAAGUCAAGCGGCUCUUCUUCAGUACUUUUCUUCAUAUAACACGUACUCAGAAUUUUCCUCUGAACUCUCACACUUCAACGAGGAAAGUGAAAAACCGGAUCUUGAAACUAAAGCUUAUGCGACUGAAACGUUUUGGGAGGACCGUUAUAAAACCGACUCCAAUACUUUUGAAUGGCUCAGUAAUUAUGAAGAGAUCUCAAAUAUAUUAGAUGAGUGGCUUAUGAAUUUCAAAAAAUCGAGCAGGCUCCUUGUAACAGGUUGUGGCACGUCGGAGCUGACACAAAAGUUGUCUGUAAUAGGUAAUUGGAGCGAUAUAGUCUCGAUGGAUUGUUCACCCUCCGUCAUCGAAGCCAUGAAGAAAAAGUACCCGUCACAGGGUGUCACCUGGGAUGUCAAUGACUUGACGCACAUGACAUACCGUGACGGGGAGUUUUCGAUCAUCAUCGACAAAGCGACGAUCGACGCGUUACUUGCAGCGGACAAGAACAGUGAAGAGAGUGAGAAAGACGACGAGAAUAUCAAUCACACGCAAAAUGUUGUGAAAAUGAUGAAAGAACUUUCAAGGGUUUUACAAAGGGGAGGAGUUUUAAUAUGGCUUUCUUUUGGGGAAAAUAAGACAAAUUUUAUUCAAGAAAAUCCAUGGGGAAAAAAUUGGUGUCUUGAAAAAAGUCAAGAAAUUGGAGAGGCGGGGUGCAUGCAGUACACCGCUUAUUUGAUUCGAAAAAAAUGA